AUGUCCUCAUUAUUGUCAUCUUCGUCAUGGAAUGAUGAUGAGACCCAACCAUCCACAACACAGCCAACCAUCCACAAUACAGCCAACCAUCCACAACACAGCCAACCAUCCACAACACAGCCAACCAUCCACAACACAGCCAACCAUCCACAACACAGCCAACCAUCCACAACACAGCCAACCAUCCACAACACAGCCAACCAUCCACAACACAGCCAACCAUCCACAACACAGCCAACCAUCCACAACACAGCCAACCAUCCACAACACAGCCAACCAUCCACAACACAGCCAACCAUCCACAACUCUAACCAACCAUCCACAACACAGCCAACCAUCCACAACACAGCCAACCAUCCACAACACAGCCAACCAUCCACAAUACAGCCUACCAUCCACAACACAGCCAACCAUCCACAACACAGCCAACCAUCCACAACACAGCCAACCAUCCACAAUACAGCCAACCAUCCACAACACAGCCAACCAUCCACAACACAGCCAACCAUCUACAGACCAUUCGAUCUUCCUUACACAGAGUAA